AGAAAAUUUCGAAUAAAAAGCCUUAAGACAGAUAUGCUCCUUCAAUGCAGAAAAAACGUGCCCUUGAACUGUAAGUAAAGUCUUCUUCUUCUUAACCCUUACAUGUUAUAAAUUCUAAUCUAGUGAAUCAGAUACUGUGACAAUACUUUACAUCUCAAACACGUGUAGUAGCGCAGUAUGACAAGGUAAUGCAUGUGGUUAGUCUGAAUCAAGCUAGAAAGUUAAAUACUUUGUGAUGGAAAGAGAAAGUAGGGGAGUUGAUCAUUGCGAACAAAACCACACAAGAAUUUUGUAGAAUUUACAAAAUUGAUAUAUUUUAGUGUGCAAAAAAAAAAAGAAAUUAUAAAAAAAAAAAACGUUCUUAAUAUAUGUAAAUGCAUACCAGUUAUUUGUAUUCUCUUAAUGAUAGUGAUGUUUGCUAUUUGUAAUAUCAACAUAGAUCUUUUUGCAUAGAAUGUUUCUAGCGUGAAAAAAAAAAACAGUCUGCACAAAUGUUUAAAAUGAAUAAUGUCAGAAGUAAAAAUAAUUAGACCAAUCGUGCAAAAAAAAAAAAAGUGUACAAAUAUUUAAAAUUAUUUUGCAAGCUGCCCUUAAUAGCAUUAAACAAUGUCUAUUAAUGUAGUGCGAUACAAUGUUGAGGUUUAAUAUCGGCCACUUAUUUGCACUGUGUAAUGUAACAUACUCUUCACAAAUAUCAGAAUGGCAUUCUACGCAGAUCAGUUUCAAUAUAUCUAAACGGAAAGCAGUACUGUCACCAUCUAGGGACUUUGCAGAAUUUGCAAACCGCCACAAUGGUGACAUCGCCACUGGGGGCCCGGUGGCCCGGGGUAGCAGGAAAAGGUGAGAUUUACUAAGACUGCAGAGAGAGGUUUGUAGGGAAAUAGAGCCGCAUUUCAUAACUGGCAAAUGAUUAGUUCCUAGGUAAAUUUUUUGCGUUUUUAAUUUAUUUUUACGGAUUAUUAAUCAUGGUUUGUAUUUCUGAAGGCUAGAGGGCAAAGAAUGUGAAUGCGGUAAAAAGCAAAACGCAAAGUGUGCAGAAAGCGUAGUUUCGCUAUGUUUCAUAGAAUGAGAUCAAACAUAUUCCUCUUUCUUUCUCACGUUUUAUAUACAUUUAAUGAGAAAUGAAAAAUUAUGAAAAAUAAAGUAUUAAACAGUUAUUAUAAAUAUGGCACUCUAAUUACCAUAACCACUACAGUUUACAGUAGUCAUUAUGGUGCAGCAAACAGACACGGUCACCAUUUUUAUGCAAAUUAUUUGGAAUAGUUUGACAAAAAUGGAGGGUACGACACAAAGACUUUUUUUUUUUUUUUUAAAUCAAAACCACUGCAAUAAGCUGUAGUAGUUAUAGUGUCUCAUUUGUCCAUUUAAAGCAGAGGGGCCACAUGUUUUAAAAACUUAAACUUCCAUGAUCCUUUGUUAUUCUAAAGGCAUGCAAAGCAUCAUGGGAGUUGUACUCCUACAACAUCUGGGGAUCUACCUUUUGGGCGCCCCUGAUUUAAAGGAACUGGCCAUGGCUAUGGCUGGUGGACAAGAGCAGGAGAAACAACCACAAAACAAAUGAUUAUUUAUAUAGCACAUUUAUAAUUACAGCUUUAUAGGAUGGAUACCUUGCACCAAAUUACUGACUGACAAAAUGCAUUUGACAGAAGCAAGAGGUACAGAAGUCCCUGCUAAAAAUUAGCUUGCAAUCUUGGAGGAAGUGGGAUAAAGGAACAGAGAAAGAAGAUUGUUAUGUUAAAUGGGAGCUGGGCUAGAUAGAUAAGAUGUUGUGUCUAGUAAACCUAAAGAAAGUGGUCCGUAGGAGAAAUGCAGAGUGAAGGAAAAAGUUCCCGCAAAUGUGAUAAGCGGAGGAACAGAGACACAAUUGCUCCAGAAGACGAUUUGCUUUGCUAAAAAGAAGAGUUUUAAGACUUCUUAAUCAGAAACUCUAAGAAUCUCCGAGGUAGGGCAUGCCAUUAGAAUCAGUUAGCCCUCGAUAAAUCUCAUAGGCGAAAAUUAUCAAUUGAAGAAUGAGCAGAGAACAAGAGAUGGUCACUAGCAUACAGCAAGGCUAAAGAAGGAUUUUAUUUGUGAAAAAGGAGUGGACUUGUUGAGCAGUUUGAUUGUUAAUGUACACAAUCUGUUUAGGAUCCUGAAGGAUAUGGGAAGCCAGAGCAAGUCCUGGCAAAUGGGUGAUGGGACAGGAGUAGUAAGGAAGAGGAGUAGUAAGGAAGAUAAGCCAGGUGGCAGCAUUCACAAGAGAUAUAGUUCAAUAGGCAAGGCAUGUAUGAUAAGUGUGUGAACAAGUGUCUUACAGGUAUGUGGCAUUACAUAGGGGUGAUUACUAGCAAUGAUUUUAAGGUGGAAUUCAUAUGUGUAGGAGCCAGACUGAAUGUGGAGAGAAAAGUUGAGAUCAGAAUCAGAAACACUAAGAAGGCAACGAGCUUGUAGGUUUGAAGUAAUUGGGGGUCCAUUGGCCUGCAGGAAAUAGACAACAGAGAUAGAGUAUUUGAAGGAGGAAAGCCAAGAAGUUUAGUUUUGGAAAGACUGAGUUCUUGGAAGAGGGGAUAGAAGAAAGGCAAUUAGUGACUGUUUAUAGAAGGGCCGGAGAGAGCUCAGAAGAGAAGGGACACAUUGUCGUAAGGAUAUAAUUGGUAGUGGAUUCCAAAGACGCUAACCAGGUUACUAAAAGAAUCAGUAUGAAAAGAAAAGAAAAGGAGGUGAAGAAUGCAGCUCUGUGGGAUUCUAACAGAACACGAAACACUAAAUGAGCAUUUGGAGAGGUAGGUAAGAGAACUAAGAAAGGACAGUGUCAGAAAAAAAGACAAGUUGCUGAAUGUUUAAAGACGUUGUGAGUGUUUAACAGUCAGCAGCUAAAAGGCUGAGGAGAAUUCAAAUAGACAAAUGACAUAUAGAACGUUGUUAAAAGAAAAAGUAAGGUGUACAGAGUUAGGGUGAAGUUAUGAUAGGAUUAUUGGUUACAAUAAAAUGGGGAAGACACUAGAAGAGAGUGAGAGAAUGAAGAAGUGUAGAAGCUACAGCAAGAUAUAGAAUUUAGAGUAAAGAAAAAACAGUUGAAGUUGAGUUGUGGGAGGGAGGAGAGAAGAAAUUAAAUGUUAUUCCCGAUAUGCUUAAUCUUGUCAAUAAAACAACCUUCAAAACCCUAUGACUGUGAGGUUAGUGUGAGGAUGGGUUGCAGCAGAGUGAAGGACUUAUAGGUGUAGAAAAGCUGCUUGGGGUCAUGAGAAGAAGUGGUAAUGAGGGAGGUGAAAUACAAUCACCUGGAGGUAAAGAGGUGCCAAUGUAACCUGCGGUACCAAGCACAGGCUGAAACUAGUAUGCUCCUCUUUGAAAACAUUUUUUCUUUCUGCAUUCAACCACAAAAAAAAAUCCAAACCAGGUGUAGGAAUGUGAAUGAUGAACCAUUACUGUGUCUACAUUUAGACAAAAACAGAUAUGUCCAGUUGGUGAUUCUUUCCAGGCUUGCCGUUUUAUUCUACAUUUUGCAGAUCAGCUAUCAAUUAAAAUACAUAUGGCUUGUUUCUAUGCUUGGCAGUUAAAAGCAGUUGUAAAGCAUUAUAUACACAUUCUAUAAACGUUUGCAGCUAAGAUAUGGUUUCCAUGGUCAACACUUUUGUUUGAGACCUGCAUGCCACAUCCACUAAUACUGACCACCAGUUAGUGUUUACUAUUUUGCAAACUAAAAAUAGAUCAAGAUCACCGGAACAAGUUACCAAAUUUCACCGGCAUUUAUAAAUUUACAUAAAUACAUACAUCAUGCUCACAGAUGGGCUUUAGUGCAUAAAUCUACCCACACAUAGUUACGUAGGCUGAAAAGAGACAUGCGCCCAUCAAGGUCAGCCUUUCUCAAAUCUGUUUUUGCUGUUGAUCCAAAAUAAGGCAAACAAACAAAACGUCUGAGAUGCUUCCAACUUUGCAACAAACUAGGAAAACAAUUCCUUCUUGACCCCGGAAUGGCAUCAGAUAACUUAGGUUUUUGCAAUUAUUCAUCGAAUUGCCAUUUUAAACAUCUGUACAGGCUCUCAUAAUACCACCUCUUCAGGCAGACAAUUCCACAUCCUUCUUGUUCUUACUGUAAGAAAACCUGUCUUAGACUAAGUCUCCUUUCUUCCAGUUUAAAUGAGUGACCUUGUGUCCUAUGUAUAAUCCUGUUUAUUCCAGAGAAAGGUUUGUAUUGGCCCGAAUAUAUUUGUAUAAUGUUAUCACAUCCCCUCCGAGACGCUGUUUUUCUAAACUAAAGAGGUUAAAAUUUGUUAAUCUUUCUUCAUAACUAAAAUGUUCCAUUCCUUUUAUUAAGUUUGUAGCUCACCUCUGCACCUUUUCUAGUGUCAUAAUAUCCUUCUUUAGAACAGGUGCCCAAAAUUGCACAGAAUAUUCAAGGUGUGGUCUUGCAAUUUAUAAUGAAGCAAAAUUGUAUUUUCAUCCCGAGAAUUAAUGCCCUUAUUUAUAGAUGACGAGAUCUUACUGGCCUUAGCAACUGCCAAUUGCCAUUGCACAUUGUUGCAUAGUUUUAUUCUACAUAACGGAAUAAAUGUGAUGAGAGUUUGCGGUUAUUAACUUGCAUUUCCUUCUCACCUAGUAGAAACAGAUGUAAUUUUUAGUCAGAUGUGUAUGUGUUAAUUUUUACCAUCUAGCAUGGAAACCAGGUGCAUGACAACAAUAUUAACAAUGACCGAUUUGUCUCUAAAAGAUUGGAACAAGCAUUGAAACAACCCAACUAUGUAUACGUCUCAUUCAAAACUUGCCCUAUAUUCCAAAGAAAAGUCCACUGAUGGGUCUGUUGUCUUUGAGAACAGGAGCAGGAUACAUCUGGUGUACAACUAUCCAGAGCUAGCAAGUAUACACAUGGAAAUAGAACAAAUCCAAAACCCGCUUGACUACAUUGAUUAAACCUUAGAUCUAUGGUGAAUACAUAUUUUUUUUAAACCACUUCCUUAACAAUAGCUAUUUUAAGGAGCCCUACCUAAAUGUUACUACAGUAUUAAACAAAUAAGACAGUCAAAGCUAUGGGGAACGUUUGAGCUUACUGCCACCUUCAGAUCUUCAGUUAGAACUUGUAUUACAUUCAACGGCCCAUCGUAUGUUGCCUCUAGAACAAAACGUAUAUUGACAAGACGUGCAAACUGUACAAAUGCUAUAACGGCUACUGAUUGUGUUGCUGGGCUGGUCAACUGAAGACACACAAGCCAGAUUGGUCUAUAAAGACAUUUGUGUUGGACAGUUUUUCACAUAAUAUAAAAUGUUAAAGGGUCUACAACAUUCUCGUUCCAGCCAUAAGAAGGGAGCCACCAAGAUCCUCUGAAAAGUGGCUAAAAUUAAUAGGAAAUGUUAUUCAGGAGAGGAUGUAGGGCAUCCCAUUGCUCACUCUUUGAAGAAUAUGGUUUGGAAAUAGGCAAUUGGAUUUGCAGUAUUAACUAGAUAAGUAUUAGGAUUCUGGAUGGAUAUUGGUUUUCUACUUUAUGUAAAAAAAAAUGUGUUGACUUUACCAUCUUCCUACAUAUUUGACAGUGAUAACAUGGAAGAGCCAGAUCUGCAAGAAGAAAGCCUCUUUUCCCAGCUCUUAGAUCACUUUGUCCAUCACGUCGAGUGGAUGGUCACUGAAGCCAGGCUCUUCCUUCCCAAUGUCGACAUCAGUCACAUCAAACAGGAAUCCGAUGACCUUGCAAAAGUGUCUGCAGUUCUCCAAAAGUUUAGAGAGUCGCACAGUGAGACAUGGAAGAAGUUUAUUCAGCAUAUUUGCAUGGAUGGCGACCUUCCAAUGGAACUGGAGACGCAGCUACUGAGCUUAACAGGAGAAGGUCAGUUUUCCCCCCAAUUUUGAUAAUCAAAGAAUUAACCCUUUUUUCUGUAUUUUGAUUUGCAUUCAAGAUGUUUUGCAAGGAAAAAUAUCGUAAUAUCCCAUGAUCAACAAGCUUAGUAACAAGGAUGUGUGGAAAAAGAUUCCAGGUUUUGCCCUGUUCCUCUUUUGAGAUUUCAAUCUUACUGUUACAUAGCCAAUUAAUACAUUGCUAACAUGUCAAGAGAUGCCUUUAAUACCGUUCACGCUUGUGUGGUUGUCCAUGAUGUGUGGCUUAUUGUAGGACUGCACCAAGGAGGACUUCUAGUAUUCUUCCUGAAUGCUUUAGGGACAAAUGUAAACACUGCCUUUUCUGAGAAAAAUUUGACUUUACAAUUGUGAGCUUGCAGGUGCAGCGGUUCUGUUGUGUAGAGCAUCCCUUAACAUAUUCUACCUCAAGACUUGAAGAGGAAAUUAAGUUCACAUUAAUGGUGCAUGUCACUCGCUUUGGAAUGAACUUUCUCCCUGCAUUUACAUCAGCAUUUUUAUUGCACAAGGAAAACUAGGGCUUUUUCAUUUUACACGCACACACGUUAACUACACACACUAAAACACAUUGUGUAGACCUCUAGAGCACUUAUCCUGACACAUGACUGCUAAUAUGAAAUCCAUUCAAAAAUGUCCUACCAUUCACCCAACCACAAUAAGCUGCCAUGGCUCCAGAAUGUAAAUAACACAGCCUUCUACAAGUGCCCCAAACAUCUUAGACCAUAAAAUAUCUCCUGCAUGUUUUCUCCUCUUAGGAUUCCUACAUUCCUCAACCAUUUUUGUUCCAUUACUUAACAUCUCUAGUGAACAGACAUCACUAAGGCUUUAAUACGGAGAUGUUGGAGUGCUAAUAAUAUGGAGAGAACUAGUGAACUAUAAAGAAAUUGGCUAUUGGGAAUUCACUCCCACUGCCCGUAAUAACACUGCCCCACACAAUACCUAUACACUUUAUCAGCACUUUGACAACUGACUACUGGUGCAUUGCAGGUAAGGGCGGCCCAUCAUGUACCUGUUCUGUCAACAUGAAUGAGCAGCCUGUGGAGCACGCACUGUGCUUAUGCUGGAAGCCUUGAUGUGACACUAGCAUCCGUAUAGAGCUACAGGGAGCAUGGCAGCCAGUGCAGAAUCCCAGUAGCUCCCGCAUUGGAGCCCAGGUAUGAGGUUCUGUGCCAUCUCUCUCUGUCAAAUGAGGAAAAGGCAAGCUGGGUGGAUCACACUGUAAUCAUUCCUAAAGAAAAAAUUAAGUGUGUGUGAUAAUAUUAAUAUGUAUGUGUGUAUGAAUGUGUGUGCGUAUGUGUAUAUGAAUGUGAGCGUGUGUAUGAAUGUUACUAAUUGCGUGUAAACACAGAUAUGUAUGUAUACGAGUACGUGCCUGUAAUGUCCCUAACAAAACAGAGGUUUUGCCUGUUAUGCUAUUGACGGUACAAUAUUCUUGUUAGCAAUUCUAUUAACCCGGUUAGGUCAUUCCCAUGUACCAUGGACAUUCAAAACUAGAAAAAUGCUUGUAACACUAAUUGUCAACUGUUCAUGUCACUCAAGUUUAACCAUAACAAAGUAUAAAGAAAUACAUGUAAGAAAAAUCACACCCCCCCCCCAUAAUAUUUAGUUAAAAUGUGUUCUACAUGUAUACUAUGGUAUGCAGAUUGCAAGUCAUUUGUUUCUUGCAGUUCUUGGAGCAAUUAUAUUUUAUCAAUUUAGAAAUGGACAGAAAACUUACCGUUAAUAAAUAAAAAAAUUAUAUAUAUAUAUUUAUUUAUUUCUGCUGAGAGUUAAUCACUAAACAGAGAUCUUUCAUUAAACUUAACAAUGAUUUUCAAUGCUCCACUUUUUCCAAACAUAGCUAUUUUGCCUUAACAUUUGCAAAUUACCGGUCAAUUUUUUACCAUGAAUUCCUGGAUUAUGGGAUCUGACUAGGUAGUUACCUCCCAUUGUGUCAAACCUUAAUCCCAGACUAUGAAUAGUCAGAAACAGUGUCCUGGAUACUGAUAAAUGGAUUUCUAUUUUCUCUUUUCUGAAAUAUCUACGUAGAGGGUUUCCAAGAAAAUGUAUUCUAACAAGGUCAUAGUAUAACUUAUAAACAGGUAAUGCCCAAUGAUUAGUAACCUUUGUUAACACUACUAAAAACUUCCAAUAAAUAUAGCACAAUAAAAUGUAUGCUUGAACACGUCCGUAAAAAAAGAACAUAAAGAAGCUAAAUAAAAGGCAUUUAAUCUACUUUAAAUGUAAUAAAUAAUGCUCCAGUAGAACAGGAGAAAAGGACAUACCCUGAAGAAAGCAUUCAUUUUUUGACAUGUUUGAACAAAUAAUAAUGUUAAUAACGUUUCUUUCCCCACAUGCAAGUAAAGAGUCUUUUAAAUGUAUUCCACUCUUCAAAAACAUUGUGGAAUUCUCACCAAAUUAUGCAGACACAAAUCUUUCUGUAGUUUACUGUACCCGUUAACAACAUGGAAAAUAAGUGAAUAUUCCUCCCAACAGUCCCAGGUUUGAUGGGAUAGCCCAAUAUGCAGGGUCAUCCCUUGAUCACAAGACCAAGUCCACAUAAAUUACAAUGCUAGUGGGUCAAACUGUACAUAGUGGGUUCGCCCAUGGAGAGGCCUGGGUGGAACCUGGGACAGCAAUGAACAGCCACCCCUGAGUGUAUUCACACCAGGCUCACAAGCCCUUUAUUCAGAUGUGACUUUUUAUCGAUGUCCUGUUUUCAGGUGGGACUGUCUCCUCUUAUAAAAGCCUCAUCAUGGACAUGUUCCCAAUAGGCCCACAGCCUCAUCCCAGUAUUGAGAGGUACAGAUUAUACUCUGAAAGAGUUAUGGUUUUAGCUAAAAAAAGAAUUAACAAGAAAAAAAAAAAACCUCUUCCUCCUAACUCCAUAUUCCAAAUACUAGACUAUUCUCACAGGACACAACUCUAAUCUUCUUGUUACAAAAAUAUUGCAUCCCUAAAAACAAUCUAGAAGAACUAAUUAAGGCAGCUGGAUGGCUUCUCCAACAUGCUCAUAGUGCCUCCUUAAAUACAGCACACAUUAUUACCAAGGUCAAACCACGUAAACCAAACAUACUGUAACGUCUCCAGGCACUGACAACAUACUCCUUCCUCUAACAAAAGCCACUGUCUCAAUUCAUCGAAGUUUUGUUCAAAUCAACUCUCAUUAAUCUAAGCCAUCCAAAACACGCCAAUCCCAUUCUCUCUAAAAAUUGACAGAAGUAUGGCACAGAGCCUGUCUGGAAGAUGUAAUGGAAGAUAUUUGCUGGAGGAUUCACGGUUAUAUUUAGAAUAAUUCUAUUGGUUGAAAAAAAUCGUGAAAAGCAUAUUCCAACAUGGAAUAAGGUAGCCAAGUUAUUACUAAAACUAAGAGAAUUUCUCAAAUCAGCUUAUUUUUUUGUGGCCACGAUUUACAAUUCAGUUUUCAUUGUCAUGCUGCUUGGUUAUUCCAAGCAGCAUGAUCACGUCAGUCUGUAUGUGCCACGUUUCGCUUUUAAACACGGCAUAUACUGAGAUCUGGCACUUGAGUCUGGCAGUGUCUUUGAGGAAUCAGCAGCCAGCUAGUGACUGUUAUUGGCUGAGACUAUCAGCCAAUGAAUGGCCACAACUGCAACUUCUGCAGGAGUUGUAGAUUGUCACCAGACCAAUAGGGAGCCUUGAGAGGACCCAGGUUAUGGGGCAAGGCCAGGGUACACCUGGCACCAUUACCACUACAGUAGGGUUGUUGUGGGUAUUAUGAUUGGCGUAACCCUUUAUGGAGAUAAUCCCUCCCAAUUACAGAUAUUGGUUUAAAUAAUCCUUAUUUGUAACAUUGACUUAACGUCUAUUUCAAAGAUAGGAUUGCACAGCUAAAAACGUUGACCUAGUAUAUAAACACCAGUUUUGACUGCAGUUUUUUUUCCCCCAGGGGUAUGCAACAAAUUUGAAUUCUUUACAUAUACACAAUUUAGUUGGUUUUUAAUUUGUUGCCUUUUAAAAAAAACUAGUGGUUGAAUACAAAGAUUUGUAGCAUUCCCCAUUUUAAAAUGCUAUUCAAACAACCUGCGUUUUUGUAUUUUAACUUUCCCGACAAAGGGCGUGCUUUGCCAUCCUACAAAAGGAGGGAUAUAAUGCUGUGGGACGGCAUAGCAUGCCUUAACGAUUGGGCACUCACUCAAGCCCAAAUGCUGCCAAUGGGGGGGCGGCCCCCCUGUAGCCAAUCCCGCCGAUCCGAGUCAUGGGAUCACAUGACUCAAUUUGUCGUUAUUGACAGAUUCAUUGUAGGGUGACUGCCUUGGUAGUCAGGCAGACCCCCAACUUAUAAUUAAUAAAAUCACUUAAUUAUAUUAAAAUAAUAAAUACACACUUAGAAUGAAUUUUUUUAAAUUUUAUAUAUAUAUAUAUAUAUAUAUAUAUAUAUAUAUAUAUACACACAAUUUAAUUCUAAGUGUAUUUUAAUAUUAAAAUAUAUGAACAUCAAAACACACUCAGAAUUAAAUUAUACUUUUGUCCGUCAUUGUGUCAUCGUGAUGCGCAUACAUCCUUUUGUGGGUGGGCAUAUUGUCUGUGGCGCUUACUGCAUAAAGGACACACCCAUCUGACUGGACCCCCGCCCACAGAAUCCCUCCCUCAAUAUUUCAACUAACAAAAGAUAGAUAGGUCUGAUAACGCCAGGGAUUUGCAGUUUUAAUAAAAGCCCUUCUUCCAUUUCCCGGACGUUCAGUGUAACAGAAUAGACUUUGGCAAAGAAAUUUGAUUCUUUGUCGGAUACAAACAGCACUGGAGUCUGGAGCAUAGGUUUAAGAAGGGCUUAAAGCAGGGCUGCCCAACCUGCGGCCCCCCAGAUGUUGCUGAACUACAACUCACAUGAUUCCCUGGCUGUUUCAUUGAAAGAAUCAUGGGAGUUGUAGUUCAGCAACAUCUGGAGGGCAGCAGGUUGGACAGCCCUGGCUUAAUGAAUGAGAGAUUAGUUUACAUUGCAUCAUUAUCCUGUGAAUUCAACGUGUCAAAUGUGUAUGAGGAAAGAAGAUAGCUGAAUGGAUUUUUUUGCUCCAGAAUCCAACUGUGUUAUGUUAAAAUUAGUAAAAUAAAAAUAUAUAAUGCCCCACAUUCAGUAAGAACUACCAGUAAAGAGUAAUAAAAAAACCUAAAACAAACAAACCAUAAAUGACUAAUUCCAAUUCCUAUAAAUACCUUGAUCCAUUUUAACUGUUGUAACUGCAAAAAGCUCAAAGGGGCUCAGUUACAAUGGGCAAUAUUGCUUGUCCCUGCUCCAAAACAGAACCAAAAGGAAACUGAAAACCUGUUUAAAUACCUGUUUAGGGAAUUUGGAAAUUAAUUUAGAACCUGUAUUGAUUUUAAAGUCAUCCACUGAAAAGAUCCAAUAAAUAUAAUCAAAGGUUUUGGUAUCAUCAAAAAAACAUAGUUCUAUUCAAAAGUCUUCUGAUUACUUUGAGUAGUCAGGUAUGAAUUGGGAUAUACAGUAAAAGGUAAAGUAGAUUUAUUAAUGUGUUUUAAUACGAUUCUGCAUCGGUGCCUGCUCUAGAUGGUUAAUCAAAUGAAAAAACUAAGAACAAUUUUUUUGAAAUUUUUUUUUAGGUGCAGAAGGAAUUUCUUGGGAACGUUUCUUGGCUGGGGAAUUUAAAGGUUCUUCAAGACGAAAGCUAGGUAACCCUCAGUAGAAUGUCAAAAAAAUAUUGAUCUAAUUAAUGCUGUACACACGGAAUACCUUAAUGAAAUUUUUUUUUUUUUUUUUUUUACUAGUUUCAACAAAUAGAUACAAGAAGCAAAUUGUUAACACUAUAUUGAAAAAAUAUGGAUUUAGAGAUAACAAAAAACCUGACCAGAUGUUUGUUGACCCACUGAUCCACACAAUUAAGAUGACUAAGGUGAAGCAGAGAUCAAAAAGCGGCAACAAGAUAUUUUCAGCUGCAGAAGACAUCACGGACAGUGUUAAAAUGGCUCAGAUGUUUCACCGAAGUAAUCUCUCCAAAACACACACUAUUUUAUUGGUGGGAAUGCCAGGCACAGGAAAGACUUUGCUGACACAUAGGAUUGCCCACGAAUGGGCAGGUGGAGGUUUUGGUCAGUUUCAGUUAACAUUUCUAUUUGAAUUCCGACAACUAAAUUUGAUCAAAACUCAAUUUACCCUCAAAGAGCUUCUGUUCAACUUGUUUCUUAAGCCAGAAACAGAUCUGGAGGAAGUAUACGAGUACAUCAUUGAGAAUCCGCAACAGGUCCUUAUCAUAUUUGAUGGCCUUGAUGAGUUUGUCGGGAAGAUGUCUCAAGACUUUCUCCAGAUAAGCCAAGACUUGAAGCAAGUUGUUCCUAUAUCGGAAAUGUUCCAAAAUCUACUCCAUGGGAAGGUCCUGAGUGGAUGUACUGUUGUGGUCACAAGUAGAUCUAAAAUCUUGUUGAUGAUGAAUGAUCUUCUGGAUUUGGUGGAUUGUGUGGCUGAAGUCUUAGGAUUCAAUGAACAAAGGGUUCAGGAAUACGUGAGAUCUUUUUUUCCCGAGGGCUCACUCCAACAGCAGGCUUUGCUAUACCUAAGAGACAACCAUAAACUUAUGCACAUGUGCUUUGUACCUGCUUUAUGUCACAUUGUCUGCAAAUGUUUAAAACAUAUGUUACCUAUGCCCCCUGAAAACACACAGCUCCCACAGACUAUCACACAGUUUUAUCUAAAAAUGCUGAAUAUUUUUAUAAGAAAAAAACAAAUGUCUUAUGCUACUGAAGGUGUAGUGUUAAAAAGAUUGAUCUCCGAGCUUUGUAAUCUUGCUUUCAAUGGACUUAAAGAAAAUAAGACCGUGUUUUAUGAUGAAGACAUUUCAGAUGCCUUAAAAAAAUUUGCACCACAUCAUCACCUACUGUCCACCUUUGAUGUAAAGAAAAUGGACAGCAGCAUAGACCCCGGAUAUUCCUUUGUACACUUAAGCUCUCAGGAAUUUUUUGCUUCUUUAUAUCUGAUGAUGAGCAAGACUAUAACACAUAACAAGCUGAAUACAAAGCUCUCUCUGAAAUCAAAGUGGAAUAUGAAGUUUAAAACAAAAGAGGAAUUCACAGACAAUUUCCAUAUAUUCCUAUCGGGGUUGUCAUCUACGGAAUGUAGAUCCUUUCUAGUUGAGUUGUCUGAAAAUCAGAAAGUCUUGGUUGAGAAGAAGCAGGAGACCAUCAUGAAAUACUUGCAUAAAAUGGCAGACACUAAUCUUUCAGGGCCUAAACUAAUUGAAUUAUGUCACUGUGUCUAUGAAACUCAAGAUACACACCUAGCUCGGUCGAUCGGGUCACAUCUGGAAAGAUAUGAGUUUAAAAAUUUCAGGAUUAAUCCCGUUGACAUGACUGCCUUGAGUUUUGUGGUUAGCUACGGGGACAAUGUAGCUUCACUGGAUUUUGGAGGAUGCUCAAUGGAGUUAGACUGCUUGGUGGUUCUGGAAAAAUGUGAAAAUAUUCGUAGUCUCAGGUAAGGCUGUAAUUUAUAAACCUAUAUAAAUAAUUUAAUAAUGUAUUUUGCCUCUCAAUAGUGUAAUUAACCAUUGAAAGUAAACAUCAAAGCCAAAGUCACUGAUAACUAUGGUUGUUUUUUUUUUCUACUAACUUCAUAUAUGCAGUAAUAAACUAUUUAAUAAAAAAAUAAAAAAAUAAAUAAAAAAACAACGAAAAAAAAAUAAGAAAACGUUAAAGGGCACCUAUUGCUUCCCAGGUAUUUUUAGCACUAUGUUUACUUAUCCUUACGUGUAAAAAAAAAAAAAAAUGUAUUUGUGAGUUGUGAAAAUUAAAAUCAAAUGUAGAAAUUCACACCUCUUUAUCUUGUAACUGAGCGUCUCCAUCUUAGCUUCCUGCCUGUCAGUGUUAUAAGCUUUGUCCUUUGCACCUGGCUGUUUGCUUAGAGAACGCUUACAUAGAAGGGGAAAAAAAUGAAUCCAGUUUCUUUUUCUCUUCUCCAUUAACAUUUGUGCUGCAUUGUGAUGUAAAUUGCUAAAUUGUUAAUAAAAAAAUGUACAUCUCAAUACAAAAACAAACAAAGACCAGCUAUAGGUUAUUUUCAAUUUUUUAUUCAAUGGUAUAAAUUCCAGAGAAUUGACCUUUUCUCUUUAAAGUGCAGUCAAAGCACCAAAACCCACUACAAGCACACCAUAGUGGUUUUAGUGCCAGAAGUCUCCUGGUGCCCUCAAACAGUAAAGAUUAAAAUACAUUUUGGACAUUUUGAUAUUUCUAUGGGUUCGGGAGUCUUUGUUGCGUUAUAUGAUGUAAAAGUAGAAGUUCCCAUUCUGUUUUAGAUAUAUAUCGAUUUUAUACUUAUAAGGACAUUAUUCACGGAGAGUGUAGGCUGACAUUCUUAGAGAAGACCAGAUGGACCACAAGCUUCAAAGGGACCAGGCAAAUGUCAAACCAUUCAAAAAUGAUCCGGCUCCAUAGAGUAAGAUGGUACCAAGUGACAGCCUGCGCCAUAACCAAAACAAUGGUUGGAAUUAUAAGGUCGAAUGUGCCACUGUAAAACCAAACUAAAGACUCUCCUUGUGAAAAUGAUCUUAAAUCCCUUCACUCUCAGAAUCGCAUCUAACAUUUUUAGGUACUAUGCAAGAAAAAAUUUAGUCCAUAAAGCCCCACCCUGCUUCAUACUACAGGAAUGAAUACCAGUAUGUAAGGAAUUAAUUUCACUGCCAAAAACACUGGUUAAUCGUUUAAUGCCUGCAAGUGUUCUGAAAAUAUCAGCUCAUCCUCUUCUUCCAAACAGUAAAUGAUUUUAAAUGGGUCAUAUCAUUCCUACAGAAUAGAAGCAAUGAAUGGGCUCUACCGUUUCACUGUUAGCAUUUUAGAGACUGAGAAUGAUUUCAAAAGCACUUUUAAAUACCUUUAUUUUAAAAAUAUAAGUUUCAACUGUAUUUACUUUUUUCUGAGCUUUCUGCUCAAGUACAGACAUUCUCUUUACAUUUUGUUGCCAUUUUAGUAAGCUGUACUGCCAGUAAUGCCUCCAGGGUCCUUAUAAAUACUUAUAAGCAGGUUUUUUGACUAUUGUUAUUUAUGUUUUUGUCAUACCUACUGUAUGUGAGAAGUAGGUUAUUUUUUUUAAAUACAAUUGUAUUCGGAAUAUCAGAUAUUACAACAUACACUGAUGGCAUACACCCUAGUUUCUAAACACGUGAUACCCAUACCCCAGCACCACAGGCAGGGGAUACGCAAGGAGCUGGCUAAUUGGCCACCUUAGCGUUCCUCAGGAUGUGGAUAGCUGAGAUAGCAUGGAUGCAGUGAGGAAGCUGUACUAUUCAUGAUCUUCCAGUACGGCUCCCUGUGGUGAUACCCAGGGAUGUGUCAUGAUGUCACUCUGACUCUGGCAUCACUAAACAGCACAUGGGGGUACAAUGCUAGAAGAGUACAACGAUUACACAAGCCCUACACUGGAACCCAGGGAAAGGAUCCACUCCAGCUCUCCCAAAGGUAGGGAGGUUGGAUGUACUUACUUAAAUAAAUAUAAAAAAAUAAUCUGUGAGUGUGUGUCAGUGAAUAUCUGUCUGUCAGUAUGUGUCAAAACUUUGUGGGUAUGUGUCAGUGUGUGUCAACAUUGAUGGUGUGUCAGUGAGUGUGUGUCUGUCAGUGUGUUUUAAAUCAGUAAAAGUGUGUGUCAUCAGUGAGUAUGUGUGUCAAAUUAGUGUGUGUGCAUGUCAGUGAAUGUGUCAGUGAGUGUGCAUGUCAGUUUCCUCUGUGUGUGUGUCAGUGUCCUCUGUAUGUAACUGUUUGCGUGUCUAUCAGUGAAUGUUUGUGUCCGUCAGUAUGGGUCAAAUCACUCAAAGUGUGUGUCAGUGGAUGUGUCUGUCAGUGUGUAUCAAAUCAGUGACUGUGUCCAUCAGUGAAUGGAUCUGUCAGUGAGUAUAUCAAAUCAGUCAAAAUGUGUGUCUAUUAGUGUGUGUCAAAACAGGUUGUGUUGUGUGUCUGUCAGUGAAUGUGCGUGUAUGUUUUAGUGAGUGUUUGUGCCAGUGUGUGUAAAUUUGUGUCAGUCUCCUGUGUGUAAAUAUGUGUGUGUGUGUGUCAGUGUCCUCUGUGUGUUUCAGUGAAUGUGUGUGUCUGUCAGUGUGUGUCAAAUCAUUGAAAUUGUGUGACAGUGAGUCUGUCUAUGUAGUUUAAAUCAGUGAGUGUAUCAGUCAGUGUGUCUGUGUGUCAAGCGAGUGAGUGUCAGUGUGUGUCAAAUCAGUGAAUGUGUGUGUGUGUGUGUGUCAGAUCAGUGAGAGUGUAUGUCAGUUUCCUCUGUGUGUACAUUUGUGUGUCAGUGUUCUCUGUGUGUAAAUGUAUGUGUGUCAGUGUCCUCUGUGUGCAAAUGUGUGUGUGUGUGUGUGUGUCAGUGCCCUGUGUGUGUAAAUGUGUGUGUAGGUCAGUGUCCUCUGUAAAUGGGGGUGUGUGCAUCAGUCAUAUGUGUUUAAAUGUGUGUCUUUCAGUCAAUGUGUUUGUCUGUAAGUGUGUCAGUGUUUGUCAAAUCAAUAAGAGUGUGUUGGUCAGUGAGUGUCCUCUGUAUGUAAAUCUGUGUGUACGCAUGUCAGUGUCCUUCAUGUAAUAAUUAUGUAUCAUAUUUUCAUUUUGUGACUUUUAUAUUUUAGUUUAAUAGUUCAUAGACUCAUCCUUACACACACAAUAUUCUCAUGAUGUCAUAUUUAUUUCAAAAAUAUUAUUUACUACCUUUAAUAAAGCGUGUUCUCUAAUAUGGGAUUAACUAAAAUAUGCAUGUCUACAUGUUUCAUUUGGAAUUUAAAUCAAUAGAAAUUACUUUCCCGAGACAGGCAUCUUUUUUUAGACCCGCAGAGGUACUUCUCCGUAAAAGGUUGACAAACACUGGCAUACAUAAUAUGAUGUGCAUAUAGAGAGCAAACAAGAUCAUAGGGUGUAGUAGAGUUUAUCAAUUGACACUCAUUUUUAAAAUCUUGAAAUUCUAAAAGAAAAACCAAUACAUUUAGUUGUAAAAAUGGACCACUUCCCUGCCCAUCCACCCCAUCCACUCCACUUUAAGGACCACUAUAGUCACCCAGACCACUUCAGCUCAAUGAAGUGGUCUGGGUGCCAGGUCCCCCAGGUUUUAACCCUGCAGCUGUAAACAUAGCAGUUUCAGGGAAACUGCUAUGUUUACAUUGCAGGGUUAAUCCAGCCUCUAGUGGCUGUCUUCCUGACAGCUGCUAGAGGUGCUUCCCCGACGCUCAAUGCGAAAAUCGCAUUGAGCACGCAGAACGUCCAUAGGAAAGCAUUGAGAAAUGCUUACCUAUGGGCGUUUUUAAUGCGCGCAUUCGGCUCCACUUGGGAGCUGACGUCAGCAGUGCCAAGGGAGCCUGUGCUUGAUAAAGGUAAGUGGCUGAAGGGGUUUUAACUCCUUCAGCCCAGCGGGAGGGGGGCCCUGAGGGUGUGGGGGGGGGGAGGGGGGAAACCUAAGGAUUAUAUAGUGUCAGGAAAACAAGUUUGUAUAUCUAUUAUAAUCCCAUACUUGAAGCAUGCACUGUUCCUACAAGCAAGUCAAACAUCCUCACAAAUUGUACCAUAAUGUUGAAUGUCCUUAAAUGCUUAUCACAGGUUAACAUUUGAUUCAAUGCUUUGCUAUGAGAAGCAUUCCAUAGGACAAGCACGGCACUUGCCACACAUGCACUUCUCAUCCCCAAUGCUUCUCUAUGGUGAAGCAUUGGAUUGGACGAGAAGACAAGGAUCAGACAUCCUCUAUAAAGAUGACAUUUCUCAGUGCUGGGGAAAAAACUAAGUAAAAUUAUUUUUUUUUUUAAAUAAAUGAAAAAAAAAUGAAAUAAGAGAAUAAAAAAAAUCAAGACAUAAUCUAGGCAGGAACAACUGUCUGGUCUGACAAGGAGGUUUUGCUACGAAGAUUAGAUAGGUAGACAGAUAAAUAUAUGAGAACAUAAAAAUUAAGGAAUGGACCAAACUUUUAUUUUUUUUAGUUUCAGGAACAAAAAAUAUGGAGAUGCAUUCGCACAAGCCCUUUCAAAAUGUUUACGUAAUAUGAAUUGCCUAAAGAAUUUCAGGUAUGUGUUCUUAUCUUUCCUCCCUUUGUUGUCUAGUAUCCUUGACCUUUCCACCCGAAUGGUGGGAGGCUGAUGGCAAUUCAUGCAGACUGCUCAAGUGGAACGUUACUUACCUAGAAUACUGUCCGUCUACUUUAGUAGGCCUCACAGUUCAUCUUCUCAUUUUUGGUUGGACUUUUCCUCAAGUCCUGGUAUAUCUUCAUAGUCUUGUUCUAGGACUGAGGUCCAUCGGGUUUCCAUUCCACCAAAUAUCCCAUCAUGAUCUCUGGGUUAAUCCACCAGCUCCCAAAGUUGUGCCCGCCAUCCGCACCAAUAAUGGAGACUUUACAUUUUUCUAUGACCUCUCCAAUCUUGUCCAAUCUUGAGUAUUACUGAUAGGUUAAAUCCAUGGAUUAAUCCACCACCAGCGACUGCUUCCUAAAUUAGACAUCUUCAGAAAAAAAAUGUGAAGUUCAGGAGGAGGAGAGCCCUGUGUCUUAUUUAUUUAUUUUUAACUGCUUGAAAACAGUCCGAGAGAAAACCAAGGGAUGCAAAAAUUUAUAGCACCACAGCAAUUUACAUAUGUUGUAGUUAUGGUGCCUAGAUUACCACAUUAAUUAGAAUGCCAUUUAUAACACAGGGGCAAAGCUUUAGAAGUAUCAAAUUAAGCAUUUUAUGUCAGACAGUUAAAAGAUUUAGAUUUUUUAUCCUACAGUUCUACAAAUAAUCUUCUACAAUCUGAAUGUGUUUUAAAUGUUUGUUCAAAUAUAAUUUUCCAUAACUGUAUAGAUUAUACACACACACACACACACACACAGAAAUCAUGAAUUUAAAUUAACCUUUGUUUACUGAAUUUUGAACCACUCUGCAAAGUCUGAUGAUUUCUCCAAAUUAUUUUCAGGUUGACGGCUGGAAGAAUCACACAUACAGCAAUCGAUGCACUGCGCGAGGCUUUCCUGUACUGCCAACAAUUACAAGAAAUCAAGUAA